AUGUUAUCCGGCGGAGAAACCGCUGAGAGAGAGGCGAUUUUUAGAGAGAGGAGGGAGAGUGGGGAGCUGAGGAGAGAGAAGGGGUGGAGGGCCGCUGUGGAAGGCCGUUUGGAGGGCCCGGCAGCUCAACGGGUACGACACUUUUUGUGGCUAGCGGCCCGGGACCGGCUCUUCACGAACAGUGAACGGUUGCGACGUCAUAUGGCUGACGACUGGGCGUGCUCUUUUUGUGAGCAGCCGGAGUCGAUGGUGCACGUCUUACGCAAUUGCCUGCCCGCGCGUGGGCUGUGGAAUCUCUUGCUUCCCAGCACUAGUCGUGGUGAGUUUUUCUUGCAUGACUUAUGUGGGUGGCUAUGGUCUAAUUUGUCGGGAUCCCGCCUUGUUGGGUUGGAUGAAUGGGCGACCAUCUUUUCCAUUGCAUGUUGGCAAAUUUGGUUUUGGAGAAAUAAAGUCGUUUUCUCGCAAGCGGUUGUUCCACUAGAGGCUAAGAUUCAGGAUGUCCGAAGACGUGUGGAGUGGUACCGGGACGCCACGUCAUGCGUGGCCUUGUCGGGUGUUCGAGACUGUCUGUACGAGUCGAUAAUGGCAACUAGGACGAAUAAGAUCAAAUUGCGGCCAGUCGGGCAGGCUAACCGCAAACAACUCAGACAGACCAGAUUAGGGAGCUUUGCCUUCUUUCUUGUGUUGACUAAGCAUCAGAGGCUCUGUGUCGGAAUCUCCUAUAGCGUUGCGUUUUUGGAGGUCUACGCGCAGCGGUUCUCGUGGAUCAAAGUCAAUCUCAGUCGGUUCUACCUAGACCAGGUAGCGACCCAUUUUCAACCAACUAUUGUGUAA